CUUGCAUUGGAAUGAGAGCACGACGACGACCGUACGUACACGAUACACAUGCACACUUGCCGGCCAUAGUUGAGUUCCAGUGCACGGCCUGCAGGCGGCAGCUGGAUCAUAUCGAUCACACUAGCUCACCAACAACACUGAACGAGUCAAUUCUCCUCUUCACCUUAUUAGAUAUAUGCGUUGGAAACCCAUGUCAAUCUUCAUCCUCUAGCCAUCUUCGACUAAUUAACCUCCUACCGUCGUCGUCAUCGUCAUGGCUUCUCCCAACCUGUUGAUCGCUGCUGCGCUCGUUGUCGUCGCGGCCUCCACGGCGGCAGCAGCAGCGGCUGCGGCGAGCUGGGCACCACCGUCGUCGUCGUCGCCGCCGCCGCGCCCUCUGUUCCGUGAGUACAUCGGCGCGAUGGGCAGGAACGUGACGUUCGCGGACGUGCCGGUGCACCCGGGCGUGGACUUCGACUUCAUCCUCUCCUUCGCCAUCGACUACGCCGCCGCCGACGCCGACGCCGCCAACGCCUCCGCGGCGCCGCCGGUUCCCACCGACGGCCGCUUCGCCGUCUUCUGGGACGAGGUGAACCUCACCCCGGCUGCCGUGGCCGCCAUCAAGUCCUCCUCCUCCUCCUCCUCCGUCCGCGUCGCGCUCAGCCUCGGCGGCGACACCGUGUUCGGCGCCAACGCGACGUUCCGCGCGUCCUCCGUCGACGUGUGGGUGGACAACGCGGUGGCGUCGCUGACGGCCAUCCUCACCCGGUACGGCCUCGACGGGGUGGACGUCGACUACGAGCACUUCGGGGAGCGCGAGACGCCGGAGGUCUUCGCGGAGUGCAUCGGCCGCCUCGUGCGCGCGUUGAAGGCCACCGGCGUCAUCUCCGUCGCGUCCAUGGCGCCCUUCGCCAACCCGGACGUGCAGGCGCACUACGGCGAGCUGUGGCGCCGCUACGGCCGCGACUUCGACUACGUCAACUUCCAGUUCUACGCGUACCCGUCCAACACCACGGUGCCGGAGUUCCUGGGAUACUACUACGAGCAGAGCGGACGGUACGCCGGCGCCGGCGGCGGGGGCAAAGUGCUCGUCAGCUUCGGGACGGACCCGGCCAGCAACGGGCUGAGGCCCGGGAAGGGGUUCUUCAGGGCGUGCCGGGAGCUGCGCCGCCAGGGGAGGCUCCACGGCAUCUUCGUCUGGGCCGCCGAUAACUCCAUCGACGACGGGUUCCGCUACGAGCGCCGAGCGCAGAGGUUCCUCGCCGGCGCCGCACCGGGUUUCCCGUGACGCAUGCACGCGUUCAGCUGUUUCUGAGUGGGAGAGUCUCCGUGUUUGCAUUCCAUAUUUCCGUUCCAUGUGUAUGUUUUGCAGUGUUCUGUCGUUUACAUAUGGUUUUUACUGGUCAAUUAAUUCAUUAUUUGUGCGCAUUCAAACAAACACAGAGAUGCUCUCGGAGGACUCACAUUUUUUCUUUUGCUUAGGGCAUGUAUAGCCACAGACAGGUACUGUAUGCAAGUUUUUAGAGUCCA